AUGGCAAAUAGGACCACAAUAAAGGAAUUCAUACUGUUGGGGUUGACUGACAAUCCCCAAGUUGCUGUUGGCCUUUUUCUCCUCCUGCUUGGGAUUUAUCUUUUGACAUUAAUAGGAAACAUGUUGAUUGUUAUUAUCACACUGCUGAAUGUUCAGCUCUGUACCCCAAUGUAUUUCUUCCUGCGACAUGUGGCAUUGGCAGACAUAGGAUCCCCAACUACCGUAAUUCCCAAAACACUGGUCAACAUAGCCACUGGAAGUAAGAGCAUCUCUGUAGCUGGUUGCUUCAUACAGUUAUUUCUAAAUUUUGCCUUUGGCACCACUGAGUUCCUUCUAGUGGCCACAAUGUCUGUUGAUCGCUACAUAGCUAUCUGUAAACCUCUUCACUACACAACCAUCAUGAAUCCCCGAAUCUGCUCAUUGCUGGUAAUUUGUUGCUGGGCUGGGGGAAUAUCACUAAUUCUAGUUCCAUCCAUUCCUUUAUUUCUGAUGCCGUUUUGUGGUCCUAACGUCAUGAAUCACUUCUUGUGUGACAAUGGACCCCUAAUGAAGCUGGUCUGUGUUAACAGCAGCUCCCUAGAAAUGACUUAUUUUGUGGUUGCCGUAUUCUCUCUGCUUGGGACCUUAAGUGUCAACAUUGUCUCCUAUGUCAAAAUCAUUUCCACCAUUUUGCGCAUCCCCUCAACUACCGGGAGAAAGAAGACCUUCUCCACUUGUACUUCUCACAUGAUUGUGGUCACGAUGGCUUACGGUACUUGUAUUUUCCUGUACAUGAAACCAAAGGAUGCCAAUGAAUCCAUCUUCAACAAAAUGAUGACUCUUCUGAGUACUGUCGUGAUUCCUUUCCUGGUCCCAAUCAUAUACUGUUUGAGGAACAAACAGGUGCAAGAUGCUUUGAGGACUGAACUGAGACAAUGGAUUGGGUUUUGCAAGAAAUUGAGAUGA